AUGACAACAGAAGUGACUUACCAGUGCUCACUUAGCGCGGACGUGCUGAAGGUCGCCAUGGCUGAGUUGAAUGAGGACCCGAACACACGCCAUAUAGAAGUCAAGACAUUGCGACAAAGAUUGGAGAAAUACCCAGGUAGUAGAUGAGUUGUUCAGUUGUCGCCCCUUAAACUGCCAAUAUUCAGUACUAAUAUGUUAAAAUAUGCGCUCUUACAUUCAGGACUAUAUGUCUUCAAAGAUAUAAUGUCAACAUAGCCUCCACCCCAGAAAGGUUGUUAUAUUUCCAGAUCCAAAUGGCAAUAUACUCUCUGAAACCAAAAGUCAUCAGAUAUCCAUUUGUUCUGUUUCAUCGUGAUAUCUUAGCUAGCGCUUGCUCAAGAUUAACGGACUCUCCCUGAGUUGCCCCAUAGUUAGAUCUACCCCUUCACGAACAGGAAAAAAAGUGUAAAUGAACUAGUCAGACUAAUGUCUCGGGAGGGGGGUAGUCUCUUUUUACGUUGAUUAAAUUAAAUGUUAUAAUAUUUAAUUACAAUGUAAAUCAAUUAUUAUCACCUGACAUUGUUCUAUGCUGCCCCCCCCCCAUAUUUCCCUCCUCCCAACCAAUGCCCCAGGACUAAAUGCCCGGACGGACUCCAAGUUCUUGCUGAGAUUUCUACGGGCCAGGAAGUUUGACCAGGAACAGAGCUUCCAGUUGGUCCUCAAUUAUUACACCAUGAGGAAAGAUGACAGGGAGAUCUUCAGUGGUAAGUAAUUACACAUUGGGGAUAGAUGACAGGAAGGUCUUCAAUGAUAAGUAAUUGCACAUUGGGGAUAGAUGACAGGAAGGUCUUCAGUGGUAAGUCAUUGCACAUUUGGGAUAGAUGACAGGAAGGUCUUCGGUGACAAGGGAUUGCACAUAGAGGGUAGAUGACAAGAAGGUCUUCAGUGGUAAGUCAUUGCAUAUGGGGAUAGAUGACAGGAAAGUUUUCAGUGGUAAGUAAGUGUUAUUACAACUUGAGGAAAGAUGACACGAAGCUCUGUAGUGGUAACUGCAGUUCUAAAUGUGCUUUUAUUGAUGCAUCAUAUGUCAUGUUAUGUUCUGUUCUUGUCUUUAUUGUGUUCAUUACUGCGGAGAUCAAAGAAAAGGUUUGGCCUGGCCCCCAAUAUUCAUGUCUGUACGUGAAUACUUUAGGCACUGUCAUCGUGUGGGUCCUGCGACCCCUGCGGGUACAGGGGACCUCGCAUUACUAAUGUGUCUAUAGUUGGGAUGUGGACAAAAUAUUAAAUUAUCAACUUUGAGUGCAGGGUAACAGAACCGAAAAGUGUCAGGGGGGGGGGUACCUAAGUCAUAAGACGGCUCGGCUUUUAGCGCCUUCAGAUCACAAAUCAGCUGACUAAUGGCGUUACAAAUUUGUUGUUGUUUUCCUUUUAAAACACGUUGACCAGUUGACUAACGCCCCUGAGCCUAUACAAUUGCUUUUAAGGAACUAUUUCUUGUUCGUUAGUCUGUAGAUAUUUUUCAAUAAUAGCAAGACCCAAAUCACGACAUUUUUUUUAUGUCUCAUCAGAUCUUAAACCAUUCUGUGUGCGUCACGUGUUUGAGAGCGGGUACACGACGCCCCUGGGGGUCAGAGACAAGAAAGGGGCCGCAGUUAUUCUAGAAAAACCAGGUGAGCUACUUUAAAAAAAAAAAAAAAAAAACAAUAAAUUCACUGACAUAGUGCGUAGAUUAUGAAUUGCUUUUUUGUUGUUUUUGGUACACUUUUUGAGUCAAAUUUUUGCCGAGUUCCAUUUCUCUUUGUGUAUAGCUAAAAUAAUAAUGCAUAGCUUAAUUCAUUAAUAAUAGCAAUAAACGUAAGGACAUCUAAUUGUAACCUAGUUAUUGAAGAGAUUUGUUGUUGAUGUCAUUAUGAUUUCACUUUGCUAUGGUGGACCAAUGGUCUCUAUCCACGUGGAGGCUGAGGUAUGUGGCUCUAUCCACAAACUUUUAAAUGAACAUACUUCAAACACGACUUAUUCAGACGUCUUUAACUUAAACAGAAUGAUCAAUCCAUUGGUCGUGGGCCCUCAAAAUAUAGAAGAAGAAGAUAUGGGAGAGGAAAACCCCAGAAAAACGACCUAUCAUACAAUAGAAGAUAAAAUAUCAACAGCACAUAUUAUUAAAUAUUAUAUAGAAAAAUAUCCUUAUUUCAGGUAACUGGGACUAUGCACGGUUCUCUGAGUUGGAUCUGAUCAAGGCAGAUUGUAUAACUAUUCAAAAAAUAACGGAAGUAUGUCUUUGUUUGUUGUUAUGUGUAUGCUUUCUUAAUUGUUUUUGUUGUUGUUGUUGUUGUUUUUUUGUUUUUUGUUUUUUGAACUUGAGAUUUCUAAAAUCCAGCAAAGACUUUCAGAUGGUAUCAAAAUUCUUCAGAUGAUUCAUCCCACAUAAAAAGUGUAUGUAAACAUUGUUGAAUGCUAUAUGCAGUGAUUUCAAUCAAGUAUAAACUUGAUUCGUAAAAAAUGUGUACAAAGAUAAUCUUGUGUACACACAAUACAGCCGAACAGUGAUCUAGUAACUAUAAACAAAAAGUAUUGUGUUUUUCCAUUAGGAUGAGACAACUCAAGUUUAUGGGGUAACUCUUCUCAUUGACUACACGGGCUUCACCUUGUCUCACCUGACUCACACGUCACCUUCUUUUGCCAGACGAAUGUGUAGGUUAUGGCAGGUGAGUUGGUAGGUGGGCCAUCUGAUGGACCAGGUGAGUUGGUAGGUGGGCCAUCUGAUGGACCAGGUGAGUUGGUAGGUGGGUCAUCUGAUGGGCCAGGUGAGUUGGUAGGUGGGCCAUCUGAUGGGCCAGGUGAGUUGGUAGGUGGGCCAUCUGAUGGGCCAGGUGAGUUGGUAGGUGGGUCAUCUGAUGGGCCAGGUGAGUUGGUAGGUGGGCCAGGUGAGUUGAUAGGUGGGUCAUCUGAUGGGCCAGGUGAGUUGGUAGGUGGGCCAUCUGAUGGGCCAGGUGAGUUGGUAGGUGGGUCACCUGAUGGGCCAGGUGAGUUGGUAGGUGGGUCAUCUGAUGGGAGAGGUGUGUUUGUAGGUGGGCCAUCUGAUGGGCCAAGUGAGUUGGUAGGUGGGUCAUCUGAUGGGCCAGGUGAGUUAGUAGGUAGGCCAUUUGAUGGACCAGUUGAGUUGGUAGGUGGGCCAUCUGAUCAACCAGGUUAGUUGAUAGGUGGGCCAGGUUUAUGGACCAGGUGAGUUGAUAGGUGUGCCAUCUGAUGGGCCAGGUGAGUUUGUAGGUGGGCCAGGUAUAUUGGCCAGGUUAUUUGGUUGCUGGGUCACCUGACUCAAGUCACUUUCUUACGCCAGACGAAUGUGUAGGUUAUGGCAGGUGAGUUGAUAGGUGGGCCAUCUGAUCGACCAGGUGAGUUGGUAGCUGGGCCAGGUGAGUUGGUAGGUGCUUCGUAACUGUUCGAUACAUUCCCGUUCCAAAACAUGUCAGAAUCGGUACUUCAGUAUUGAAGAUACAGCUGAACAAUUUUACUGCAAUCCGUGAGGCUCAAAGUGCAACGAUUUUUAUAAAUUUGGAAAGAAAUGUUUUAAAAAGUAUCGUCAUAACAUUAAAAUGUCGUGGGCCAGAUUCAUAAAAAAUGACAAAAGGGGGAUGGGGCGCACAAAAAACGGGAAUAGGAGAGAGGUAAUGUACACAGGACCACCUUGAUUUCGUCUUAACAAACUGUUCAUGAUAGAGUUGUUACAUCAUUAUGGUGUUUUCCAUCUGACUUCCCUGUAGGAUGUGUUCCCAGCGAGGCUAAGAGCUGUCCACAUUGUCAAUGAGCCGGCGAGCUACAGCAACAUCUUCGGACUGUUCAAGCCGUUUCUUAAACAAAAGCUGUUGGAUAGGGUAAGUCGUGUUUUACACGGAGGGUAGGCUGUCGGAAAUUACUUUUACAAGGAAAGUCACCGAGAAUGACUCCCCUUGUCCACUUAUUGUCUAGGCCCCCACUUCUAUUUUCUUUCACUUUCUCCCUGGGUCCCUCAAUCCUAUUUUCUUCCUCUUGCUUGGUCUUCCUUCUACGCACAAUUUUCUUCUCUGUUUCAGAUUUUUUUCCACGGUACCAAAUACUCGGGUCUCCAUGAACACAUUGAUCCAGACAAUCUUCCCAAAGCUUACGGUGGAAACUGCCCUGAUGUGGUGGAUACGGUCAGUGGACAAUAUGUCGUUACAACUAAGUGAUAUUUUUCUCAACAUUUUUAUUUUAUAGAUGACUAUUAGGAUCUGUAGACACUAGAGUCACAAUAAUAAUGAAUCACACAAGUGCACCCGAGGGUAAAUCAUUAUCUUCAAUUUUGACGUAACUUAUUUUUUCAAGGGAUAUGAUGGGUUGCCAACCCGGUUGGGAGUGAGGGGGGGGGGGCAAUAAGAUAAGCAGUAUCUUAAAUCCCAUUACAAACUCAAUGAGUAUGAGGAAACGAUACAUUCGGUUGUGUAAUUCUAGCUUUAUAUUGUGGACUAACAAAUACACCCUCCCUUCCCCCCUCCCGGUCCAUACCCACCCCUCCUCUCAUUCAGACAUGGGCUGACGUUAUUCUCAAGUGUGACAAGCAGUUUGAAGAAGACGCCAAAUAUGGUCUGCUCGACAUGAAGGUCAGCGCCCUGCAAGGGGCGGAGACUGAGAGCCCAGGAGGCGUGGCCAGAGACAGCCUGGUCGGGACAUUCAAGAAACUGGCAGUUGAUUAGAACAUCUGUUGACAGCUGUUCAAUUCAGCAUCAUAAAUCACUAUACAAAAAAGUUAUUUUAAACAUUGAAUAACAUUAACCUUACAGAUAUCACAUGCACACUAGCUUAGUUUUUAUAACAAGAUAUAAGCUGUAAUUUUUUGAAAAACCUGCACAAGUUUUAAAUAAAUGCAAAAUGGUAAUUUUUAUAACAA